GCCUCUGAAUGACUAAUCUGAUACCGCAGUCCCUUGGCUGAUAUCUUUGGGCCGGGAAGAACUGUGUGUCGAACUGGAGGGAUUUUCCGGGCCACCUGGGAUCCAGUUUUAGUUCAACAGAUGUUCCCCACGCUCCCCUUGCUAAUGCGUGGGCCUAUGUGCUGAGUGGAGAAUCAGCCACCAUAUUCGGGUGCUCUGGGAGCUACUGACUGUGGGGGGAGGAGUUACAUUAAUCUUACUUGGUUUGGGCUUAAAGGAGCCAAACCAGUUGCUGGGGAAAAAGCUGGACACCAAAUGUAAUAGCUGUGCAAAGAUUAUGACAAUGGCUGCUGAGUCUGAUGUUCUGCACUUUCAGUUUGAACAGCAAGGAGAUGUGGUCUUGCAGAAAAUGAAUCUCUUGAGACAGCAGAAUUUAUUUUGUGAUGUAUCAAUUUACAUUAAUGACACUGAGUUCCAGGGGCACAAGGUGAUAUUGGCUGCUUGCUCUACUUUCAUGAGAGACCAGUUUUUACUCACACAGUCAAAACAUGUCAGAAUCACCAUCCUGCAGAGUGCAGAAGUUGGCAGAAAAUUGUUACUCUCUUGCUAUACUGGAGCACUAGAAGUUAAAAGGAAAGAGCUUUUGAAAUAUUUGACUGCUGCCAGUUACCUUCAGAUGGUUCACAUUGUGGAAAAGUGCACAGAAGCUUUGUCAAAAUAUCUGGAAAUUGAUCUUUCUAUGAAAAAUAAUAACCAACAUACUGACCUGUGUCAAUCUUCUGAUCCAGGUCAUAAUGAAGAAGAAAAUUCUGAGAAAGACUGUGAGAUAAUUGAAAUUUCAGAAGAUAGUCCAGUAAACAUAGAUUUCCAUGUUAAAGAAGAAGAAAACAAUGUAUUGCAGUCAACAGUAGAGAGCUUGACACCAGAAAGAAAUGAAAUUAAGUCACCAGAGCUGUCAACAGUUGAUAUAGGUUUUAAAGAUAAUGAAAUUUGUAUUCUCCAUGUAGAAUCUAUCAGUACAGCUGGUGUAGAAAAUGGAGAGUUUUCACAGCCUUGUACCUCAUCAAAAGCAAGUAUGUAUCUCUCUGAAACACAGCACUCCCUGAUCAAUUCUACAGUUGAAAGCAGAGUGGCAGAAGUUCCUGGAAAUCAAGGCCACGGCUUAUUUUGUGAGAAUACUGAUGGAAGUCAUGGUACAGUGAGUGAGAUUCAGAAUGUGGAAGAGAAUUAUUCCCUGAGGCACCAGUGCCCCAGGUGUCCUCGAGGAUUUCUUCAUGUUGACAACUAUCUGCGCCACCUUAAGAUGCAUAAACUGUUCUUGUGCUUACAGUGCGGAAAAACAUUCACACAGAAGAAAAAUCUUAACCGGCAUAUCCGAGGGCAUAUGGGCAUACGGCCUUUUCAAUGUACUGUGUGCUUAAAGACCUUCACUGCCAAAAGCACACUUCAGGACCACUUGAACAUCCAUAGUGGGGAUCGGCCAUAUAAAUGCCACUGUUGUGAUAUGGAUUUCAAGCACAAAUCUGCCCUCAAAAAACACUUAACUUCUCUUCAUGGCAGAAGUAGUGGUGAGAAACUACCUAGGCCUGAUCUGAAAAGGCAAAAUCUUUUAUAAAUUGGAAUCGUGGACUUGCUAUGUAAAUCUUAUAUUCUGUUAGGCAAGUCUUUGUGUAGAAAUGCAGCAUUUGUAAUCCUAUAUUCCCACCCCUAAUCUAAUUUUAUUUUGGCUCUGACUACACAUAUUUUUUUCUGAACUAAAGUUGUGAGAGGCCUGAUAAAGCUGAUGGGAUGAAUUAUAUACUGUGUAAAUCCUAAAAGAAUAUAUGUCUGGAGAAAUAGUGUUCUUUUAAAUAUUCUCAAUUCCAGUUGACUGAGGACCUAGCAGUAUUUGCAGAUUCUAAUGUGUAUUCUUUAGGUAAUUGAUUUAAUUGUUAAAUCUAAUCAUACAAUAACUUUAAAGAAUUAGGGUGACAGAAAAAUAAAUAUUAUUUUUGGUUCUUUGAGACGGGUUCUCACUAUGUAGCCCAGGCU